CUGGCGAAGUCGCGAGAUGCGACCCCCCUUACCUGCGCAGCCCGACGAGGUAGGCGCCCAAUUUGCAACGUGGAAUGUAAGUACACAAGUCCAGAGCGUUUCAGUGACUUGUCAAGCUCAGGCUUGUAGAGGGGGAUCCACUCCCAAGGCUCCCCACACUGCCCUGCUCUCCAGUUACAGCCGGCUAGCUCUGAAGAUCCCACCUCCCCCAGCCUGUGCUCCUGGAAGGCUGCAGAGACCCUUGCUCCUGCUCUGCUCUCAGCCCAAGCUUCAGGGCAGCUUCAUGUCUAUUCUGUGUGACUCCCACAGAACUUCCUACCUGCUUCCUCCUGACCAUGAGGACUGGGGAGAGCAGGGCGCCCCUGCCUUUGUGUAUGGGCAGGAGGAGCUCGUUGUGGGAGGGGUGCAGUGGCCUAGCAGCCCACCCAGCACCCCAGACUCCUGGCCAGCAUCCCGCUUCGACUCUGCGCUCUGCUCUGCCUGGAGACAGCGGAUGGAGCUGGGUCUCUUUCGCUACUGCCUGGGGGAGCUGCAGACUCAAGUCCUCCCUGGUGCUGUGGGUUUUGUGGCUCAGCUAAAUGUGGAGCGAGGUGUCCAGAGGAGGUGCCCCCAGAACAUCAAGAGCGUGAGGCAGGCAUUUGACCCGGAACAGUUUAACUUCAACAAGAUCCGGCCUGGAGAAGUCCUUUUUCGUCUGCACCAGGAGCCUGACACGCAUAGUGCCCUCCCACAGGACAUCCUGGUGGUGAUCAACGUCAGCCCACUGGAGUGGGGGCACGUGCUGCUGGUGCCUGAACCUGCCCAGCAGCUGCCCCAGCGCCUGCUGCCAGGUGUGCUGCGAGCUGGGCUGGAGGCUGUGCUGCUAAGCUCACACCCAGGCUUCCGGGUGGGCUUCAACAGCCUGGGGGGCUUGGCCUCAGUGAACCACCUCCACUUGCAUGGCUAUUACCUAGCCCACAGGCUGCCUGUGGAGGGGGCGCCUAGCCAGCCCCUGGACCCGGGGGGCCAUUUGCACCUGCUCCAAACCCUGCCAGCUCCUGGCUUCCUCUUUUACACCAGUGGACCCGGGCCUGACUUGGAAGCUGUGAUUAGCAGGGUCUGUCGAGCCACUGACUAUCUGACCGACCAGGAGAUUGCACAUAACUUGUUUGUGACACGGGGAGCCCCACCUGGAAAGGCAUCGCCUUGCUCGGCCCUCACAGGGGUCCGAGUGAUCCUGUGGGCCCGGAAGUCCAGCUUUGGAAUAAAGGAGGGUGAAGCUUUCAAUGUUGCCCUCUGUGAGCUGGCCGGGCACCUCCCCGUCAAAACAGCUCAGGACUUCAGCAGCCUGACCGAGGCAGCUGCCGUGGCGCUCAUUCAGGACUGCCUGCUGCCCCCUGGCCAGGCUACAGCAGUACGAGCCGCGCUGGUGGCCCUGAUGGCCCAGGAAGAGCCAUAGUCCCAGAGCUAUGUCUUCACCGGCUGGUGUGCAUCCCUCUCCAGGUCACUUGCAUGUUUAUUUUCAUGGCUGCCUUCCCAAAUCUCUAGGCCUAAAGAGAGAGAUGAAGAAAGAACUGAUAGCUUCCCUGGGAAGCUAAGACUGGAGAAUGGCAAAUAUGACCCUAGUUUGGGCAGCUUAGUGACUGAGACUUUGUUUCAAAAAAAGAACAGUACUGAUCUCUGUGAAAGGGCGAGACCUUGGAAUAAAUCAAUUGCAUGUGCUCUCGUGAAUGUAGCUACUGCUGCUCACCCUCUUCUUAGACAAGCUUCAGGGAUGUCAGACCUGUUAAGGGAAUUGUGCAAGAGUUUCUCACUCCAUAUGGACCUUUCCUGUGACAGCAGUUGUUAGCUUUUUCUUUUUUUGUACUGGGCAUCAAACUCACUGAGCUAUAUCCUCGGCCUCAGCCCAAGUGUUGGUGUGUGCUUUGAUGGUUUCUGUCCCACUAGUAUGGAGCUCCUACUUGAUGUUU